AUGGAAACUUUUGAUUUAGAAUCCGGAGAAAGGACAAUCACCACCGGAGGUACCAACCUUUCUUUUUCCGACGAUGAUGAUGUGGGUUCCUGCAUUUCGCAGCUCUUCUCUACGCAGGACGAAGAAACAGAGGAACCAGUCGGGAAGCAUUGUUCAAUCUUUGUUGACAUUGAUCAUAUUCAUGGUGAUGGUGACGAUGAUGAUGAUGUUGUUGUUGAUGAUGAUCAGUUGAAAACGAUGAGAGAAUGUCGAAUCUGUCAAUUGACAAUGGAGUUUGGAAUGGAAAUUGAAUUGGGUUGUUCUUGCAAAGAUGAUUUGGGUGUUGCUCAUAAACAUUGUGCUGAAACUUGGUUUAACAUCAAGGGAAAUAGGUAA